GGCGCGGGGUAGAGCGGUUGGUCUCCUCAGACGUUCUCGAGGCAGCUGGAGGCGGGGCUGUGACCCGCUGGCAGCUCGGAGCGAGCCGAGCGGCCGGAACGAAAGAGCGUCCGAGCGCCAUGAUUCCUCUGGAGAGGCCGGGCAGCGGCGGCUCUUCCCCGGCCGCCGCCCCCGGCUCGGGUCGCGUCGGCCGGGGUCUGAGCACACCACGCCGGCUGCCGCCCCCGCCCCGCGGGCUGCUGACGGAGAUCCGCACCACGGUGUGCACCGAGCCCUUCCAGGACGCCUACAGCCUGAGCCCGGGCCGGGAGCUGGGCAGGGGGAAAUUUGCAGUGGUGAGGAAAUGUAUAAAGAAAGAUUCUGGAAAAGAAUUUGCAGCAAAGUUCAUGAGAAAAAGAAGAAAAGGCCAAGAUUGUCGGACAGAAAUAAUUCAUGAAAUUGCUGUUCUUGAACUAGCACAGGACGAUCCUUGGGUCAUUGAUUUACAUGAAGUCUAUGAGACGCCAUCGGAAAUGAUCCUAGUUCUGGAAUAUGCUGCUGGGGGUGAAAUCUUUGACCAGUGUGUUGCAGACAGAGAAGAAGCCUUUAAGGAAAAAGAUGUUCAGAGACUCAUGAGGCAGAUUUUAGAAGGUGUUCGCUUUUUACACGCUCAUGAUGUAGUUCAUCUUGAUUUGAAGGCUGAAUCUCCAACUGUCCCGGCUGGUCCUGAGAAAACUGAAGUGAUGAUCCUCUCUGCGGACCCAGUGUAUCCGUCAGCGAAGGACGAGACGUCCCUCUUCCUGCUCCUACACGUCAUCAGUCACGAUGGCCUGUGGAUUUUGCCUCUGUUACGUCCCCAGAAUAUUCUGCUGACAAGUGACUCUCCACUGGGCGAUAUUAAGAUAGUUGAUUUUGGUCUUUCAAGAGUCAUGAAGAACAGCGAAGAGCUCCGGGAGAUCAUGGGCACUCCUGAAUAUGUGGCUCCUGAAAUUCUUAGUUAUGACCCCAUCAGCAUGGCAACGGAUAUGUGGAGCAUUGGAGUGUUGGCAUAUGUCAUGCUGACGGGAGUAUCGCCUUUCUUAGGCGAUAAUAAACAAGAAACGUUCCUCAACAUCUCACAGAGGAACCUGAGUUAUUCUGAGGAAGAAUUUGAUGUUGUGUCUGAGUCAGCCGUUGACUUCGUCAAGACACUUCUAGUUAAGAAACCUGAAGAUCGCGCCACUGCUGAGGAAUGUUUGAAACAUCCAUGGCUAAUGGAGAGCAGUGUUCAGGAACCUUCUCUCAAGGUGAAAGGGGCAUUAGAAGAGGCACAGGCCCUCCAGGAAGGCGAUUCUGUGCCUGAAAGUAAUUCAGAUACUCAGAAGCCGGAAACCGAGGAAUCCGUCGUCACAGAGGAGUUGAUUGUAGUUACUUCAUAUACUUUAGGACAAUGCAGACAGUCUGAAAAAGAGAAAAUGGAGCAAAAGGCCAUUUCCAAACGAUUUAAAUUUGAGGAACCUUUGCUGCAAGACAUUCCGGGAGAUUUUAUCUACUGAGCAGUAUUUCCCUUUAGAACUUUAAGAUUUCUACAUUGGAAACAUUAUUUAUGGAUUUCUGGCCAAAUGGUACAUGUGCUGAAAGUGGAUGACCAGGUGUCACUGGUAGAAACUAAAAUAACUUUGUCAAACUUGUGGAGUUAGAGAAAUCAAGCCAGAUUUAUAAAGUUGCCAACCAGGAGGUUUAACGGGUAAAGUUAUCCUUUUCAAAGUUCUUUUUAAGAAGGGAGAUGCUUGAACCUUUUAUUUCUGCAUCCUGUUUCUCCAGAAUGAGAAUUUGUAUGCAAAGAUAUCUGUAGUCACUUUCCUUAAAAAUCCAAGUAAAAGUGCCAAAAUUAACAUCUUUGUAAAUUUGUUUUGCAUUAUUCAUAUGUAUAUCUAUAUCUGCAUAUAUGUAUGUUGAUAUCUUUACUAAAAUUGAUACUUUUUCACUUUGGAUUUUUGGAGGGGACUAAGAUUUUAAUUUAAAUAGGUAUUUUGCAAAUUUUUGAGACCUAGAAUAACAUCCACUAGUUUAAUAAUGUUUUAUUUUUAUAUUUUAUUACUGCUUUAUGUUGACUUGUUUUGGCUUCUGUUAUCUGUUUUUUUCCUAAUGCUUUGCAGCCCAAUCAGUGAAAAACCCUGGCUAAUUUUUUUUUUUUUCUUCAACAUCACUAGUAAGAGUGGUGGUGAUUUUUCACCUCUGAAAUUGUUCUGGUUUUCAAGGUCAAGGUUAAGUCACCCUGUAAUGUUAAACCAGUGUCAGCUCCGCGUGUCCCUCAUCACACCUUCCUUGUCUACCCUCUUUCACAGGCUGCACCCCUGCCUCCUCCUCACACGCUUGUCACCUGACUGGUCUCUUGCGAGAGGCAGUGUGAUCUGAUCAACACAGUGGUGCUUCGGUCAGUGAGAAGACGCUAUUAUGUUGUUUUUGUUAAUAAAAUCCCCAGGAAUCGGGGAAGAAAUAUAAAGCACAUUCAUGCUGGCCAUCGAGCCUCUGCUUCUGUUGAAUUUCAUAUUAGCCCCCAAGCAAUACUAGGAAAAGCGGUAAAACGCCAGAAUAUUUAUAAACCUUUACUUUGUUCAUAAACGAUUUGACAUUGGAGACUUUGUCAUUAGGGAGGUACCCUAAGACUUGUAAGAUUUAUAAGAAUAUACUCAGUAGCGUUUAAUUUACUUAGGAUUGAACACUUCAGCUGUAUCUGGGCCCACAGUGAACAAAUGCCUAUUUAAAAAAGUGGAAAUGUAAAAGCGUAUGCUGUAUAAUUUAAAGCAACUAAAUAUUCUUCUUACACA